AUGAGGAAGUACAAUGUACAUCACCGGGUCGCCACAUCUUAUCACCCCCAAACAAGUGGUCAAGUUGAGGUUUCGAACCGUGAAUUGAAACGAAUUCUAGAGAAGACGGUGAAUGGAUCCCGGAAAGAUUGGUCUUUGAAAUUGGAUGAUGCAUUGUGGGCGUAUAGGACGGCCUACAAAACUCCACUCGGUAUGUCACCAUUCCGUAUUGUUUAUGGGAAGGCGUGUCAUCUUCCUCUAGAGCUUGAGCAUAGAGCGUAUUGGGCUAUUAAGAAGUUGAACUUUGACUUCAAGAAGGCGGGGGAAAAGAGAUUGCUUCAAUUGAAUGAGUUAGAUGAAUUCCGAUUCAUGGCAUAUGAGAAUGCCAAGCUCUAUAAGGAGAAAACGAAGCGAUGGCAUGAUGCUCACAUCUCCCCAAAGGUCUUAGAGGUUGGUUCGUUUGUACUUCUUUACAAUUCACGCUUGCGGUUGUUUCCGGGUAAAUUGAAAUCUCGUUGGAGUGGCCCAUUUAAAAUCCGGAAUGUGGCGAAUCACGGUGCGGUGGAAUUGGAGAAUUCUAAGGGUGAAACUUUCAAGGUUAAUGGCCACCGGUGCAAACCAUAUCUUGGACCCUUGAAGAAUCGGGUGGAAGAUGAGAUAUCUUUCACAAAUCCUACAUGA